GAGGACAGGUCAGAGAGAGGGGCCCCAGAGAUCCCGAGGCUCUCCCCGGCACCCCCUGACCUCCUACACCAUGGCUUCCUUACUGCUCAGAGCCCUCCUUACACUGCUAGCCUCCAUGCAGGGCUGUUUGGUUCUGAGCUCCAAGAUCGUGGGUGGCAGACCCGCCAUCCCCCACUCUCGGCCCUAUAUAGUCUCCUUGCAGAUGCAAGGGAACCACUUCUGUGGGGGAACCUUGAUCCACCCUCAGUUUGUGAUGACGGCAGCCCACUGCGUGAACAAAUUGCCCCCUCAACUGAUGAUGGUGGUUGCGGGGGUCCAUGACUUGAAAAACCCUGAGACCACCUGGCAGAUUUUCAGCAUUCAGCGUCUCUAUUUAAGUAACUAUGAUGAAACCGAGAAACUCAAUGACAUUGCACUCAUUCAGCUUGACCGUCCAGCCAAUCUGGAUGCCACGGUCCAGGUGGCUCCACUCCCGACACAGGGCCAGUCACUGCCAGUGGGCACCCAAUGCCUGGCCAUGGGCUGGGGGAGACUGGGAACAGAGAGGCCCAUUCCCAGUGUCCUGCAGGAACUGAACGUCACCGUGGUGACCUUCCAUUGCCGGGAGCAUAAUAUCUGCACGCUGGCACCCCGUCAGCGAGCAGGCAUCUGUUUUGGGGAUUCUGGGGGCCCUCUCAUCUGCCAGGGAGUGGUCCAUGCCGUCGACUCCUUCAUCAUUGGUGGGUGCGCCUCUCAGCGGUUUCCAGACUUCUUUGCCCGAGUCUCCCUUUACGUGGACUGGAUCAACUCCAUCACAAGAAAGGUUGAGGAGGAAGAGAAGAAGAAGAAAGAGGAGGAGGAAGACAGGUUUUGGCAAGCCUCAGGCAGCCCCGUGGAAAGUCUUUGACCCACCCUUCCCCUGGGAGCCUCCCCACCAUCCUCAGCUCCUGAGAUGGGAGACCUGGGAGGUGGAGGAUAUGCAGAGACUUGUACAAGGCAAGGCAUGGUCACUAGGGAGCUGAGCUUGGAGUAGGGAAGACCCUAGUUCAAAUCCCACCUGUGACACUAGCUGUGUGACCCUAGGCAAGUCACUCCACUUGGAGCUUCAGUUCUCUGUCUGUCAAGUCGGGGUAAUAAUAGUGCCUACCUCACAGGGCUGUUGUGAGGAUUGAAUGAGAUUAUGUAUGGAAAGCAUUUUGUAAACUUAAAAAGUUCUAUAGAGA